CCCCCACCUGAUCCCCCGGGUCCUCUCUAAUCUCUAUCCUGACAACAAACUGGAAUAAAAGCUCUGAUUCUCAUUGAUCGGCAGUUCAUUGGGUGAUUUUAUUACUAGAAAAGUAGAAAAGGGAGGGAUUAUGAAUCAUAAGAACCUGGAGGAGUUCUGGGCGUUCUAUGUGACCCAGCACUCGAAGCCAUCCACCCGGCGCUUUCACUUUCUCGGCACACUCUCCGCGCUGCUCUGCCUUCUCAGCUCUCUCAUCUUCGGCCGCUGGAUCCUUCUUAUGGCUGCUCCAAUCUCCGGCUAUGGCCUGGCUUGGUAUAGUCACUUCUUCGUGGAAGGCAACGCUCCUCUUAUAUUCGGUCACCCCUUCUGGUCUUUCCUUUGUGAUCUCAAGAUGUUUGCUUUUAUGCUCACUGGUCAGAUGGACAGGGAGCUCAAGCGUCUUGGCAAGCGCCCUGUUCUCCAGGUUCUCUGAUCCCGUACACACUCUUUUUUUUUUCUUCUUUUUGUAUAGGUUCUUUUUCUGACUCUGGUGUUUGAUCAUCUCUGCUUUUGUACUGAACCUGCUUGUUUGUUUGUUUGUUUUUAUGUAAUUUUACGUGGUCAUGAUCUUUUAAUGGGUUCACUUUUCUUUAA